AUGUACAACGCCGCUCGUGCCCGAGCUGGCCUUGGACCUCUACCCGUACCAGCUGAUGCCCACAUCGACGUAUUGCUCUAUACACCAGACGACCAUGUCACCGAGACCUCCAUCCGUAACAUCGCUUUCAAACGCGGGAACGUAUGGCUCACUCCUCGCGCCAAGUCCGGCUGUCUUCCUGGCGUGGUACGACAGCUGCUCCUCAGCGAAGGUCGGAUUAUCGAAGGUGACAUCAGUAGAAGCGAGCUCCAAGCGGACGAGGUGGUGCUGACAUUCAACGCUGUCGAAGGCUGCUACUUGGCGCGGCUUGCGUUUCUGUAA